ACGUCUCGCGCAUGCGCCUGAGAGAGCAGCGAUCCAGCUGUGCGUUGAGCAAUGGCGGCUUCCCCUCGCCCCGCGGCGGGCAGCUCGCACGUCAGUCCGACAGACCCGAGUAAUAAUUCUCACGAACCAAUAUGGCGGACUCGGGAGCCCCGACCGAGCUGGGUCUCGUUAAAGGUGAAAAAAUCCUCGUGAGCGUGGAAUCAAUGCUGCCAGACAUCGUGGUCGUGUCGUUUGAACACGGGACUAAAUUGUUUCAAGGGGCGCUGCUCGACGCUACGAAAAGACGAAUUACACACAAUAUCCGGGGAUGUUGUUGCAGAGGAUUGCCCUGCGGCGUUCAACUUCCGGAAGCAGUCCCCGGCGGAGAUGGAGACAAGUUCGCAUCGAUCGGAGCAAGGUUCAGUUACUUCCAAGAGAAACGCGCCGCGUUGCAGGUUAACACGCCGGCGAAGAUCGACCUUCGUAGGAACAUAAAUCCACCGGCGCGUUACAAAAAUGCCCGGCCGACGGUACGUCUCAGGCCGCGUCAGGUUCUCUGCAGCAAGUGCAGGUCGAUCUGUAACGAGAACAGCGAAAACGUUGACGUUAGCAGGAAGCGGAAGCUCGCGGAGGAAACCACGCCGACGAGACGGAGCGACAGGAGUCGGUGUCAACCGACGACGGCGAAGGGUCAGCGGAAUCUGUUCGCCGAAAACCAGACGGAAAACACCGGACCGUCGGCUACCCAGCUUCCAAAGGCACCCGGGCUCCAGUGCGGCAGUGAUUCCAGCAAAAUGAAUCCCUCCCUGAUACCGAAGCUCUCGAGGCUCCGUCCUAACGAGAUAAACGAGGCCACUCAGGCCGGCUGCGGCGACAAGGGAAAACAGCAGCCACAGAUUUCCGGUGGCUCGGGCUCCUCCUCCUCAUCCUCGUACUGGUCCAAGGACGAAGAGGACUCGCCCGGAAAACCGGAGGACGGUAGGGACGAGGCUGGGAAACGGAAUCGGUCGUCCGAAUUCGUCGGGAAUCCAUCGACCGCGUAUUCAGCCCGGCCAAGGCGCCUCAGCAGCUCCUCGGUUGAGAGCGCGAAGGUCCCUGACGAGGAGGACAAGAAGACCCUGGCAGCCGCCGACUCGACGAUGAGGGUAAGAACCAGCGGUGGCCGGGUGUCGAGGAAGAAGAGGUCCGUCGGUUCGAUGGAGGAUUUGUGGGACGAGUCGGUCUUCGAGGACCCCAGCAGGACGGCGAGGACGACUCCGGUUAUCAAGAUAUCAUUCGGCACGCAGGGUGAGGGGACUGUGAUGAAGAUACCCGCGAAGAUACAGUGCAGCCCAUUCGACAGGGACGGCGAAACCGAUACCGAGGACACCCAGGACGCCGGCGUUGAGUUGCAGGAGCGCGACCCUCUCGAACUACUCGAGCAGGCUCCGAUCGUCGACUUGACGCAGCUCGACGAGAACGAGGAGGAGCUGCGACACGAGGCUCAACUUCAGCAGCAGCUCGGCAUCGGAGGGGGAAAGGACGCCAGUGCAAAGGCGGCCAAGCGGGCGCUCAAGAAGGCGAAGAAAGAGGCCAGGAGAAAGAUGCUCGGUGGUGUUUCUCCGGCCAGGUCACCCUGCAACGGAUCGCCAAGGUACAACCCGACCUCGGACGCGCUUUCCUACCACCGUCGGAGGCACAAGGUAAAGCACAAGAAGAAGCAUAAGGAGGAACGAAAGCACAAGGGGGGUCAGGGUCAGAACGGCACGGUAGUCCAGCAGCAACAGCAGCAGGAGGAGGACGUGGUUGGAGGGGCGGUCGGGGAUCAGCAGCACAAGUGGAACGUACUUCCGGGGGAUUCUUACACGGCCAUAAAGGAGCAGUGUCUGAAACAGAAGUUAUCGAUAUCGCUGAAGAGGCUGAACACGAACGCGUACGCGAGGUGCGAUUACCCGGUGAGCAACGCCUCGUCAGGGUGCAAGAGUCCGGGCGCCAGUAGCGACGAGCUCAGCGAACAGGAGCCGGAAGUUGACGCUGGCGAAACGGCUCCGGACUUUCCACCCCCGGCGCAUCCGCUCGUGAUGCGACUCGCCGCCACCCCCGUAGCCCACUGCCUGACGGCCACCGGGAGGCGGAUGGAUGUCGGCGACGUCGUCUGGGGAAAGAUUCACGGGUUUCCGUGGUGGCCUGGAAAGGUGCUGAGCAUCACCGUGUCCUGCAAGGAAGACGGCACCUCGUCCGGGCCCCAGGCUCAUGUCGCCUGGUACGGAUCGUCGACGAGCUCUCUCAUGUCCUGCGAUCAGCUGAGUCCGUUCCUCGAAACUUUCAAGACGCGGUUCAACAAGAAGAAACGCGGACCUUAUAAGGAAGCCAUUAGGCAGGCACAGACUGAAGCCAGGAGUCAGGCUACGCCGGAUGAAGCCGAUAGCGUAUUGAAGGUCUGCGGAUCUCCCCGCGAAGUUAACGUCCUCUCGUGAAAGUCUGCAAGCCGAUUGUCGGCAACGAUUCUGCGAAGCAGCAACGCAAACGCUAUACGCACGCACAGAAUUAUCGUUGUCUUGUUGUAAAAUAGAGUAACAAAAGAUGAA